UAAUGAACGAUCGUUUUGAGAUUUUUAGAAUAGAUUUAUCUUAACUUAAUGUAUAGGCGGAAUAUAUUUUUACGUAUCAUUGGUUCGAUAGCUAGGAAGUUUAGGAAGUUACAGGAAAUAUGGAUACUGCCUUGGUUGGGAAAUGGAAAGUUAGCAGCAAUACCACGUUGGGCGCUUGAUAUUUUCGUCCUGGUUCUGAAAUUAUUUUGCACGUGUGUUAUGGCUGUUGCACGAACCAUUAUUCCUGAAAGUAUGAAAAGUUUGCAUGGAGAAACCAUAUUGGUAACAGGCGCAGGUUCCGGUAUAGGCAGGGAGCUUGCAAUUCAGUUCGCUGAGCUCGGUGCUACAGUCGUGUGUUGGGACAAAGACGCGCGAAGAAACAACGCUGUUGUCGACGAGAUUAGAAAAAAAGAUGGAGAUUGCUUUGGAUACACAGUAGAUGUCACAGUGCGUGAGCAAGUGGCGUCAACGGCAAUUGGCAUUCGACGACUAGUAGAUGUAACGAUGGUCGUCUGUAAUGCCGGCGAGCUGACCUUUGCCCCACUAUUACGUCUUAGCCCAGAAUAUGUUGCAAAGCUUAUCGAAGUCAAUUUGCUGGGACAUAUUUGGGUAAUUCAGGCGUUUUUACCAAGCAUGAUGGAACGGCGGCAUGGGCAUAUUGUUGCUAUCAACUCUAGUGCAGGUCUCAUGCCCUAUGUAGACAUGGUGCCUUACUGUGCUGCCAAAUCCGGAUUAAGAGGUUUUAUGGACUCCUUAAGUGAGGAACUCCGUCUAGACACUUGGACAAAGGACGUCUAUACCACUUCAGUUUACCUAGGAACUGUUUCCACUGGUCUAUAUCCGACGCCAUCUCAUCGCUUUGUGUCGUGGUACUCACAAACAUCAGCUAAGGAAGCGGCGAGGAUUAUAAUAGCAGGAAUAAGAAAAAACAAGAAAUGCAUUUGUGUGCCCACAUUGAUGAAGCUUUUGACUGAUCUCUGCAACUUUAUGCCGUACAGAAUAAGAAUCAUUUUCACGGACUUCUUUAAUUUUGGCCAUAGAGGCUGGUUCUGUUUUUGCUAAGAAAAACUCAAUUCAUUAUGUAC